AGAAAAACAGUUGGUAGUCCGGGGAAGCGCAGCUCCAUGUGGCUGAGCACCAUGGAGGAGAAGAUUUCGAAGACUGGAAGACAACUGGAAAUAGCAAUCGUUCACAAGGUCGGAGAUGUCGUUUCCGCCAUUAACGAUGCGAAGAACGUCGACGAAGUCAUAUGCGCGCUCCACUCCCUCGCUGUUAUGCUUUUCCCUCUCGAUUCGUCCCUCCUCUCAGGUAGCAUUGAUGAGCGCUACAGAGACCGGUUGGUUAGCACCAAGGUUCUGUCUGCACAAGAUAGGAGUGAUUGGUGGGGGGUUUUCUACAGAGGAGUUGCAUUCCCAACACUGGCUAGGGUUUUGUUGUAUGAUAUAGCUUCAAGUUGGCUAGCUUGUUUUCCCUUCUCGGCACGGAAGCAUGUCUACGAUGUUUUCUUUGUGAGUGGGCUUUCUACUGAGGUUGUUCAGGCUGUAGUUCCUUGUCUUCAGCAGGGUGGAAGUGAUAGUCUUGAUAGCGAUGCUGUCCGCUCAAAUGCUGAGAGAUUGCUUGUAAUAUGCUUGCUUGAAAAUAAUGGGGUGCUCCAUAUGGCUAGAGAAUUUAGCUUUUCUUGCCAAUCUGAAGAUUUGGCUGGUGAAAGGCUUAAGACAGCUAUAUCUAGGGUGGCUCAGCUUGUUGCUUCUAUUCCUGACAAAGCACAACCACGAGCUCCAACCUCACUUUCAUCACAUUUGUUCUUCAAGCAAAUUACAGUUCAACUUCUGGCUGAAGCUGAAGAAAGAGAUACUGGGUUGAAUGAUAAAGCAUUUAUCUUAGAUAAAAGUAAUAUGACUGCAACCUUGCUAUUUCUUGGGGAAACAUUUGCUCGCAUCUGUCGGCGUGGCUCUGCAGAUGUGUUGCUAGGUGAAGUGUUGCCUCAGAUUCUUGGACAUGUUCGGGUCUUCUUACGUUCUAACAUUUCAAAUGUUGUGGAUGCAAUUGAGUCAAAACCUGGUUCCAAAUUUUGGUUGAGGCUGAUGGAAGCAAUCAAGGACCCAUAUGCUGUUGAGCGAUUGUCAGAACACAUUUUUCAUCAACUAGCAGCUGAGGGUGCCAGUGAUGAGGAAGCUUAUUGGGUUCUCUGGAUAUUGUUUCAUCGCAUUUUUCAUCAAACAUCAGUCAGGUCACUAUUUAUUGACAAGUUCUUACUCUGGAAAGUAUUUCCCAUUUGUUGCUUGAGAUGGCUCCUUCAAUUUGCCGUUCUCGAACGCCCUCCUAAUGCUGGCACACUGAAAGGAGGCCAAAAUAGUCAUAAUUUGAUAAAUGUACUGCAAUGCUUGGUUACAGUGUGGUCUAAAAGGGAAUUCGUGCAAUCAGCCUCAAUGGAGCAGCAAGCUUAUGUAACUGCAGCAGUAGGCCUUUCUCUGGAGAAGAUGUCAAAAGAAGAACUAGAUGCAACUAAGGAAGUGAUGCACUCUAUCCUUCAAGGAGUUAGCUGUAGGCUUGAGAGCCCUAAUGAUUUGGUUAGGAGAAUGGCAAGCGGUGUUGCUUUGGUAUUUUCUAAAGUCGUUGAUCCGAAGAAUCUUUUAUACCUUGAUGAUAGCUGCAGCCAAGGUACUGUUGACUGGGAGUUUGGCUUAACUACCCCAGGCAAAAAGAUUCCACCUGCCUCACAUCGUGCAGGAAAGAGUCUUGACAAGAUAGGAACAUCCACAACCUCAGAGCCUAGGAAGGAACUCAACUGCAGAGCUGACAUAGUUAAACAUGAGAAGGGUAAAAAAAAUAAAUUUAAUGAAUUCAAGUUGAUCAAUCCAGAUGAGAUUAUUGAUCCAGCGACAAUUACUAAUGAAUCGUUCUCUGAUGAUGACAUCAAUGAUGAUAAUUCAAGCGAAAAUUCUGAAAGCUCAAGCGAUUCAUCCUUACAACCAUAUGACUUGUCAGAUGAUGACACAGAUCUGAAAAGGAAAUUCUCGCAGUUGGUUGACAUAGUAGGGGCAUUGCGGAAAUCUGAUGAUGCAGAUGCUGUAAGUAAUUAUUUUAUACAUGCAGAUGCUGUGGAAAGGGCUCUUGAUGUCGCUGAAAAGCUUGUGCGUGCAUCACCUGAUGAACUUUUUCAUGUUAGUGCAGAUCUAGCUAGAACACUUGUACAGGUUCGCUGUUCUGAUUCAACUAUAGAAGGAGAGGAAGAAUCAGCUGAAGAGAAGAGACAAAAAGCACUGGUUGCAUUGCUUGUUACAUGUCCUCUUGAAUCUCUUAACACUCUCAACAAACUAUUAUAUUCACCCACUGUAGAUACCAGCCAAAGAAUCCUUAUACUUGAUGUCAUGACAGAUGCAGCACUGGAGCUUGCUGCUGCUAAAACAAUGCAGCUGAAGCAACCACAGAAUCCGCUCAUAUCAACCACUUCAGAGACUCCAUCCUGGUUCUUGCCCAGUAGCAUAGGUCCUCCUGGAGCUGGUUCCUGGAAACAGAUCUCAGAAACAGGAACUGGAUUAAACUACUCGUAUUGUUAUGAAAGAGAACUUCCCUCUAAACCUGGUCAGAUCAAGAGAGGGAAGACACGCCGAUGGAGCGUUAGAUCAACAAAUUUAUCAGAAAGCCAGAUAGAAUGGUUGCAGAAUAAGUUUCCUGUACAUGCAGCAGCAUUUAUGCUUCCAGCCAUGCAGGGUUUUGAUAAGAAAAGGCAUGGUGUUGAUCUGCUUGGUAGGGAUUUUAUUGUCCUUGGGAAACUUGUACAUAUGCUGGGUGUUUGUAUGAAAUGCGCAGCCAUGCAUCCCGAAGCAUCUGCAUUGGCUCCACCUCUUCUGGAUAUGUUAAGCUCCAGUGAGAUAUGCCAACACAAGGAAGCAUAUGUAAGAAGAUCUGUCCUUUUUGCUGCUUCAUGCAUACUGGUGGCACUUCAUCCCUCUUAUUUAGCAUCUGCACUGAUUGAAGGAAAUCCUGAAAUUUCUAGAGGGCUUGAAUGGGUUCGCACAUGGGCUCUGCAUGUUGUUGAAUCAGACACUGAUAGAGAAUGUUAUACGAUGGCCAUGAAAUGUCUCCAACUUCAUGCUGAGAUGGCCCUCCAAGCUUCACGGGCUCUGGAAUCGGCAGCAGAGAUGAAGGCACAAGGUGUUGGUCUGCCUAACAAUCUGUCAAAGGGAACUAUAAAAAUUCCUUACUCAAGAGUAGAGUACAAAUAAACCUAGGGUUCCUGCAGCUGUGGAGCCCUUCUGUACAGUUGUUAUGAUUGUCUAGGCUCUUAUUGUUUAAAAAUCCAAUGAUGGACAGUAUUCUGUUCGAUGUAUGUUAGUUUUGAAGGUGAGAUUUGAGAAUUGUCAUCCUUUUAUCUAUUUCAUGUUAAUUUUGGUUCGAACAAUACCAAUUUUGCAUGAUUAUUUGUCUUAGAAUGCACCAUAUUUUUCUUUGUGAA